GCCAUAUCUGUAAAACUAUUUUAAUAUCUAAACAAUUUCUAGACAAGAGUGACAGUCCUCUGGUCUAAAAAAUUAGAUUGGUUUUCUUGUUGCGUCGCGAUUUUAUUUGUGAUCGAGGAGAUAUUGCAUCCGUGGAGUAAUUGUUUAAAUUUUACUACAAGUAGGUAGUUCUUUAUGUUACUCAACGAAUUGUAGAAACCUUUGCUGCGAAGGGAAACGCAACGAUGGCACUGCGAGCUCAUUUCUCCGUUUCCUAAAGUAUACCCUCACCAAUCAUAAUAUAAUACAACACAAUCAAAAUGAUGUCGUCGGGGCAGGAGUUGUUUUCUUUGUACGACAGCUCACCUGAUACGCUGUUCGACAUUAGUAUGAAUUACAUCGUUAAUAAUCUAAAUAUAAUUACGACAUUGGAUCCGAACACUCGAUGGCGUAAGUUGAAAGACGAUGUGAUUCUACCUUCAGAGAUUUGUGAAAAGUUCUUGGAGGCAUACCAGAAGAGCAACAGAGUAAGUGAUAGCAUAGCGAACAUAUUCCGUGACCGAACACGCACUAGGUUGUCCGUGGUGAGACUUCGCAACUCGCGCAUCACGGACGAAGGGUUCCGCUGCCUCAUGGAGCACAAGCCCUUCGAGCUCGAAGUGGUCCAGUGCGAGUAUCUUAGUCCCAGCUCCCUGGACAUCAUCAACAGCAACAGCCAAAACCUAGUCUCUCUAAAGGUGGGGCCUCUGACAUAUGUUCUCUCACAAGACGAAACUCUCUUCCGACAGAGAGGAUAUAUAAUUGAUGCGCCUAAUUUGAGACGGCUCACCCGCCGAGGACUUGCAGUGUUUCCACUACUGCUUUUAAAAUCACUGACUAAUCUAACACACUUAGACUUGUCGAAGACCACUUCAUCGAGCACCAUUUGGGUUUUAAAAGAUUUGAAAAACCUGAGAUCUUUGAUUUUGCACAGUGUGCACUGGACAAAGGAUGUUAUUGAUUGGAUAGCCACCUUGCAUACUUUGAGACAUUUAGAUAUCUCGCAGUCUAAUGAUAGGCAUGGGAAAUAUUUCAAACCAAAUGAUGUACUGGCUAAACUUAUAAAUAAUCUUACGCUCUUGGAAUCCUUGGAUAUAUCAGGGACUAAUCUUGCGGGCUCUGGGGCGGCAGCAGUGUCCAACAGUGAAGGUACUUCAGAUAUUGACCAAGUGAGAUGUGAUAUACCUGGCUUAGCUGCCCGUGUCAACAGGCCUUUGGAGUUUCUGGGGCUGUAUGGGACACACCAUGGCGCUUGCAAAAGGCAUGACAUUCCUGCCAAAGUGAUAACUGGUGAUGCCAAUGUAGAACAAAUCUUGACUGCUGCAGCAGCAUACAUGGAAAGGCCAGCUAUUCUUACACGUGUCCUCAAUGACCUUUAUUAUUUGUUCCGCUAUGAGAACAAUGCUUACAUAGGCCGAGCACUAGCAGUGGUCCUAGAUGCUAUGGAUCAACAUGUUUCAGAAAAGCAUAUACAGAUAUCUGGCAGUGCAACACUUUUCUACAUAGUCAAAGGGAAAGAAAAAGGGCGCAUAGGUAUCAGGCUAAAAAAGCGAAUAAUCACUGCUCUCUUAGAUGGAAUGGAGGCUCACCUUGGUGAUGACACAAUGAUGAGGAAUGGGUGCCUCACGUUGUGCCAGUUCAAAAUACCAACAGAUGUUCUGUUUGAAUACGAGCGGGUAGUGCAAAUCCUGCUGAAUGGAGUGGCUGACGUGAACCAGGAGGGUUUCGUGCAGCGCAUAGCGAUAUACCUCCUCAACUCGCUUGCCUGCCAGGUUGACGGCACCCAGAAGCAGUUCCUGGGCAACCAUGGCGCGAUAGGGAAAAUGCUGAACCUGAUCGCCGACCGGCUGGAGCGGCGGUUGUGCGACGACGUGCUGGAGGUGGCCUGGUCCACCAUGUGGAACGUCACCGACGAGACGCCGCAGAACUGCCAGCGCUUCCUCGACAACCGCGGCAUGGAGUUUUUCCUCGCCUGCCUGAAGAGCUUCCCAGACAAGGAGGAGUUGUUGCGCAACAUGAUGGGCCUGCUGGGCAACGUGGCCGAGGUGGCGGAGCUGCGCCCGCAGCUCAUGAACAAGCUGUUCCUGUCCGUGUUCUACGAGCUGCUCGAGUCCUCCAGCGACGGCAUCGAGGUGAGCUACAACGCGGCGGGUGUGCUGGCGCACAUGGCGUCGGAUGGCCCCGCGGCGUGGACGGUGGAGGAGCCGGAGCGCGAGGCGGUGCUGGCGCGCGUGGCGGCCGCGGUGGAGCGCUGGGACCUGCACGCCGAGCGCAACAUCAACUACCGCUCCUUCGAGCCCAUCCUCAGCCUGCUGCACGCGCACCACACGCCGCAGUGCCAGCACUGGGCCGUCUGGGCGCUCGCCAACCUCACCACCGUCUACCCUGACAAGUACUGCGGCUUGGUGGAAGCCGAGGGCGGGCUCAAGCUGCUGGUGGACCUGCUGAACCACCCCUCGCCGUACGAGCUCAUCAAGGACCUCGCCUGCACCGUGAUCGGGAACUGCGCGCGCUACGCCAACCGCGUCACGCCCCCGCUGCCCGUCCCUCUCUCCCCGGACAAUUAACUAACGGAGUACUUCGAGGACAUCACUCCUCGGCUGGAAGAUUAGCCCCGUGCGACGAAUUAAGGUAUCUCAAGGCAGGGGUCGGCAAACCCAGGCCCAGACCUCUGAUAACUAAGAUCUUUACCACGCUGACCGACCCCUGUCUUAACCCUUUCAUUGCCAUUCGCCUUAUACAAAAAUGUCACUACUACUACAAACUGUCAAAGUAAAAAUAAUCUCCAGGCCAAUUAGAUGGAAGUGCACGGCGCCUUACAAUUUAAGGUGACUGGAUUUUCAAUCAUCAAGUCUUGUAUUGUAGUGAAAGGCGAUUGAAACAAAUGAUGAAUUAACCGAGUCGCACUCACAUGUAAAAUAGUAUGGAGAUAUGAAUCCUUAAAUUAAGAUGGCGCUGAUAAGUUCAGGUCUAUACACGACUAUUGUUGUGUCUCUUUCUACUAUUCAAUAUUUCGUUCGACAAUUCAAUCACUGCAAUUUUUGCUUUAAUAAAACCACGAAGGUACACCUAAAUCGAACAAUGCGCUAAGUAUAUGUAACACUAUAAAUAUGAGACGGAAAGAGUAAUCUGCUUUAGGUGUACAUCUGUGAGUAAGGCCCCCAUCUACACAUAAUUUAACUGCCGUUCACGAAAUUUAGUUUGAAUGCAACAGAGAAUGAACUUGAGGAGCUGUGACAUAUUUGGUGGUUCUAUACUUCGUUUUUUUUAGCAUUAUAAAAAGGAUAAACAAUCAGACGUGUCUUUUUAUUGAAAAACUCUAACAAAAUAGUAACAAUUACUUAUGAAGCCAAAAUAAUGUAAAUCAUCAUAUAAGAUGCUAUAUAAUUGUUACAUAUUUGCUGUGAAUUAUUUUCCAAAGUGUUUUUCAGUAAAAAGACACGUAAAUAUUGUUUAUCCUUUUUCUAAUGCUAAAAAAAAACGAAAUAUAGAUGAUACGGGCACGACACCUCGCUCCUCCUUUAGGCGUUUAUGGUCUUGAAAAGGAAAACAAAUUCGUUGCAAAACCUCAAACUUAAGUUACAUCGAAAUCUAUCACCUUAUUAACCACUUAUUUUUUCCUCUGCCAAGCAAAACAAAAGCAAAAAUGCCUAUAUGCAUUUAGCAAUGCCCGCAAUGUAGUACCUAGUACACAUCGAAAUGUUGACCGCAACAUCAUAAGAUUGAAGCUGACGACCAGACUACAACGAUGUAACUUAUGAAAGCGGUAGUAGUGUACCUUUUUCUUUGAAUGGUGAAUGUUCUUCAACGGUGAACUCGCUGCUGUGUACAGUUCUGCAAAUGUAUUUUCUAAUACCAAACGCUGUCAAAUUAUGUUGAUAUACUGAACCAUAAAAACAUACUUUCCAGCGCUUUCGUUCAGUAUCUUGAAAUCUAGAUUGCAAUGUUGGGUUCAGAACCCUUCAUAACUUUCUUGUAACAAAUAUACUUCACGUCGUGAUGUCGAUCUAAUAAAGUUGAGGUUGAUAACUUUUCGUGUUGUACAGGUGUUAAAUGUUCGCUAAUUAUCAGGACAUAAUAUGAAUGAACAACAGUAUCUAAGAUAUAUUCAAAAAUCUUACUGUAUUACUUUAACAGACUUAGGCCCACUUGCACCAUU